AUGGAAAGUUCAAAUGUUGGUCGAGUUAAAAUUUCUCAACCAAAUUUAUUAGUUCUUGCAGCUCAACGAACGGUAAUGGACGAUCGCUAUGUUGAUGAAAUAUGGAAUACAUCAUUGAAAGCUGCUAUUCAAGAAAUUCAAAAGAAAAAUAACAGUGGUUUAAGUUUUGAAGAACUUUAUCGUAAUGCUUAUACAAUGGUGCUGCAUAAACAUGGAGAAAAACUUUACACAGGCACACGUGGAGUUGUUAUGGAACAUCUUGUACAAAAAGUCAGACAAGAUGUAAUUGAUUCAUUAAAUAAUAAUUUUUUAACUGCACUCAAUUGUGCAUGGAAUGAUCAUCGAACAGCAAUGAUUAUGAUACGUGAUAUACUUAUGUAUAUGGAUCGAGUGUAUGUUAGUGGACAAAAACUUGAACCUGUUUUUAAUUUGGGUGUUAUAUUAUUUCGUGAUAAUGUUGUUCGAUAUCCAUCAAUACGUGAUCAUUUAAGACAAACACUACUUGAUAUGGUAGCUAAAGAAAGACGUGGAGAAAUUAUUGAAAAGAGUGCUGUGAAAAAUGCUUGUCAGAUGUUGAUGAGUUUAGGCAUUGAUAAUCGUUCAGUGUAUGCAGAUGAUUUUGAAACACCAUUUUUAUUACAAUCAGCUGAAUUCUAUCGACUUGAAAGUCAAAAAUUAUUAGCUGAAAAUAGUGCAUCUGUAUAUAUACGUAAAGUAGCUGCACGUAUAAGUGAAGAAGCUGAACGAGCCGUCCAUUAUCUUGAUAAAUCAACAGAAGAACGAAUUGUUCGUGUAUUAGAAGAUGAAUUAAUAACAAAACAUUUAAAAACUAUUGUUGAAAUGGAAAAUUCUGGUGUUUAUUCAAUGUUAAAAUUUAGUAAAUGUGAUGAUCUCGCAACAAUGUAUAAAUUAUUUGAACGUGUUCCCAAUGGUCAUUCAACAAUAGCUGAUUGUAUGAGUAGUUAUUUACGUGAACAAGGUCGUGCACUUGUUACGGAAAAUGCUGAAGAAGGAAAAAAUGCAAUUAUUUAUAUUCAAAAUUUACUCGACUUGAAAGAUACGUUUGAUUCUUUUCUUAAACAUGCAUUCAACGAUGAUAAGAUUUUUAAAAAACGAAUUAAUUCUGAUUUUGAAUAUUUUAUUAAUUUGAAUCAACGUAGUCCUGAAUAUUUAUCAUUAUUUAUUGAUGACAAAUUAAAAAAAGGUGGUAAAGAGCUUGGUGAUCUAGAAGUCGAAGUUGUACUUGAUAAAGCAAUGAUAUUAUUUCGAUAUUUAGAAGAAAAAGAUGUAUUUGAACGAUAUUAUAAACAACAUUUAGCUAAACGUUUAUUGUUAAAUAAAUCAGCAUCAGAUGAUGCUGAAAAAAAUAUGAUAUCAAGAUUAAAAACUGAAUGUGGUUGUCAAUUUACAUGUAAAUUAGAAGGAAUGUUUAAAGAUAUAACUCUAUCAAAUUCAACAGCAGAUGAUUUUCGUUUACAUGUUUCACAAAAACGAUUAAAUUUAAAUGGUAUUGAUUUAUUUGUACGAGUAUUAACAACAGGCUUUUGGCCAACACAAAAUACAAAUAAUCAAUGUAAUUUACCAGCAGCUGUUCGAGACGCAUAUCAAUGUUUUCAUCGUUUUUAUUUGAGUAAACAUAGUGGAAGACAAUUGACAUUACAACCAAGUUUAGGUUCAGCUGAUUUAAUAUCGAUAUUUUAUGGUAAACCAAGAGAAGAUGAUAAUGAUGGAGAAAUGCGACCAACAACAACAAUGUCAAAAGAACGUAAACAUACAUUACAAGUAUCAACUUAUCAAAUGGUUAUUUUAACGUUAUUUAAUACAAAAGAAUGUUGGACAUUCGAAGAAAUGCAUCAUGAAACAGAUAUAAAUGAAAAAGAUCUUCAACGUGCAUUGUUACCAUUAGCAAUGGGUAAACCAAGUCAACGUAUACUUCUUAAAGAAUGUAAAACAAAAGAUAUUAAAUCAAAUGAUAGAUUUAUUGUUAAUGAUUCAUUUACAUCAAAAUUAUAUCGUGUAAAAAUAAAUCCAAUAACACCUAAAACUGAAAGUGAUCCUGAACGACAAGAAACUCGAAGUAAAGUUGAAGAUGAUCGAAAACAUGAAAUUGAUGCAGCUAUUGUACGUACAAUGAAAACAAGAAAAACAAUGUCACAUACACAAUUAGUUGCUGAAGUUUCUCAUCAACUGAAAGCACGAUUUAUGCCCAGUCCUGGUUUUAUAAAGAAACGAAUUGAAAGCUUAAUUGAACGAGAUUAUUUAUCACGAUUAUCCGAAGAUAGGAAAAUGUAUAACUAUGUAGCCUAA